AUGAAACACAAGAGAAGGAAAUACUUAAUACGAUUACAAGCGAGGAUGCAAGAUUUAUCAUUUAAGAUUAUUCAAUGUCUUUAAAUAAUAAAUAAACUGAUGAUCAACUCAGGGAUUAUAAAUAGAAGAAUUAAACCAUGCAUAAAAAUUUCGUUCCAACAUAUUUAUGGUAUUUGGAAUGAUUAAUUAUAUAGAUUAAAAAUAAAAGAAGUUAAUUUAAUUAAUUAAAAAACUUCGUACCUCAAAUUCAAAUUAAGAAUGCAUUUCUUAAAGUAGUCUAGUUAUCUCUUAAAAAAUAGGACGAGAAUCUAUAAUAAAUUUAAGAAUAAACAGAGGGUGAGAUUGUAAUUGAUGGUUGUUUAAUGUAAUGAAGAGAAGGAAGAGAAAAAAAGAUAAUUAUAAAUAUAAUACAUGAGAUUAAAUAUUUUUAAAAGAUGA